AAAGUAAUAUUAAACAAAAUAUAGUGGUUUCGUUCGUCAAGCAUAACAAAUGAAACGACAUGAUCGUGUGACCCAAUAAGCCCAGCAGCCGGAUUUGACUUAUCUCCUUCUUCUUCCUUUUCGGUCAAAUGUUUGACUUUCUGCUAAAAAUAACAAAAAUGAAUUUUAAAAUUGAGAAAAAAGAGUUUCACCUUCACCAAUCACCAUUUCUCUCUACUCGCCAAGAAGUUUCCUUUCCUUUGAUUGCACAACUAAUCUCAAACUAAAAGAUCUUCUCUUUAGGCAUACCCAGAUCUUUCUCUCUCUAAAGUCUCCACCUUUCACGGUUUUUUGCUUCUCACCUGAAUCCAAUCAAUCUCGCCGGAGUGAAUUCACCUUCCUCCGGUUGACUCGUCGGACUUAGUCCGACCUUUCAAUUCGUAGAUUCUGUUUACAAUUCACUGAUCGUUUGAUUAGAAAUGGGUUACUUGUUCUUCUAAGUCUCUCUUUAGCUGAAAGUUUGUUGCUUUACGACUCUUCGAUUUACCCUUACUUGUUCAAGUUCUUCAUCAAAUUCGUAGUUAUGGCGAUAAGAAUCACUUUCACUUACUCCACCCAUGUUGCUCGGAAUCUCGUCGGGACCCGUGUUGGUCCCGGUGGUUACUGCUUUGAAUCCUUGGUUCGUCCUAGAUUCUUCUCCCACAAGCGUGAUUUCGAUAGAUCUCCUCGGAAUCGACCUGCAUCGAUGUAUGGUAGCAUCGCGAGGGAGCUCAUCGGAGAAGGAAGUCAAAGCCCGCUUGUGAUGGGUUUGAUCUCGAUAUUGAAGUCAACGACGGGUCAUGAGUCGUCAACGAUGAAUGUUCUGGGGGUUUCAUCUUUCAAGGCUUCUUCUAUUAUUCCGUUUCUUCAAGGGUCGAAAUGGAUUAAGAAUCCACCGGUGAUUGAUGACGUGGAUAAAGGAGGAACAGUUUGUGAUGAUGAUGAUGAUAAGGAAUCGAGGAAUGGAGGAAGUGGAUGGGUUAAUAAGCUUUUGAGUGUUUGUUCUGAGGAUGCUAAGGCUGCUUUCACGGCGGUUACUGUUUCUAUCCUUUUUAGAUCAGCUCUUGCGGAGCCAAAGUCGAUUCCUUCAACGUCUAUGUACCCUACCUUGGACAAGGGUGAUCGCGUUAUGGCGGAGAAGGUCUCAUACUUUUUCAGGAAGCCAGAGGUUUCAGAUAUAGUAAUCUUCAAGGCUCCUCCAAUUUUGCUGGAAUAUCCGGAAUAUGGCUACAGUUCCAAUGAUGUAUUCAUAAAAAGGAUAGUGGCAAGUGAAGGUGACUGGGUUGAAGUUCGUGAUGGGAAGCUCUUUGUGAAUGACAUUGUGCAAGAAGAAGAUUUUGUCUUAGAACCAAUGUCAUAUGAAAUGGAACCAAUGUUUGUCCCCAAAGGUUAUGUCUUUGUCCUUGGUGAUAACCGCAACAAAAGCUUUGACUCUCAUAACUGGGGUCCACUUCCAAUAGAGAACAUCGUUGGAAGAUCUGUGUUCCGGUACUGGCCACCGAGCAAAGUAUCAGACACCAUAUACCACGACCAAGCUAUCACAAGGGGACCUGUUGCAGUUUCAUGACAAAAGAAAGUUGGAUUUUUCUUAGGAUUAAAGCACAAGAUUGUGCAAAACCAGUCUGGUCAGAAUUGGGUAGACUUGGAAUUGAAACUCAAAACCGUUAUGAUAUCUGCAGAUACAUACUGUAUCAUCGUUAUGGAUCGCAUCUGGUUCUUAGCUGAUGGUCGGGAAGCCGGAGAUGUUACGUGUACAAAAGGAAUGGAAGAUGCAAAGAAAAGGAAACGAUUUACUGUGAUUGUUAUGUGUGAAAACCCUGGACAAGAUACUGUAGUAAAGCCAUAAAGGCAACUGUUAAACAAAAGUGUGAUUUUUUGUUGUUAUGAGUUUGUACUAUAGAAUCGUGUAAAACCUCCUUUGUGUUGUUGUAUGUAAAUUGGGAUAUUGUUAUAUUCAUGUUUUGGCUACUCAAUUAUUUUCACUGGGCAUUAAUCCAGUGGUUAUUAUUAUAACUAGACCGAUGGUGUCUAUGUAUGACUAUAUUUUCUAAGUAUAUAGAGUGACCGUUUCUUUGUCAACCA